GCAAACAUUGCCUAGUUUUAUAUCGUGAAAAUGGACAUAUUACAUCCCCAUAUACUAAGUAAACAGCAGCUGUUGGAUAUUUUUCGGCAGCGGCACAUUAUGAUUCCCCGCUUGGAGGAAUCGACCCGGGAUGAACUGAUAAACCUGUACAUGAAAUACCUUCUUCCUCAGCCCCGGAGGGGGUCAUCCUCCAGUACAACCGAACAAAAUUCCUCCCACCUGCAGCAAGAUGUGGAGAUGACAGAUGAUUCCCCGAAAUCCGUCACCAGUCGGAAAUCGGGCUCCAACGUACGAAACCGGAUCGUAUACUCGGAAAGUCCGGUCGAUAACGUUAGUCAUGGGAUGAAACGUAUUAAACUUAUUAGUAGCAUUAGCAGCAGCAGCAUCGGUAGUGCAAAUGCAAGCAGUCCCACUCCGGUCAUAAUUAAGCGAGCGCUCGAAAUUAGUCCCAGUAAGAGUAACUGUAGUGGAAGCACGAUGAGCUCAGCGCCUAGCAAGAGACAGAAGAUAACGUGGCCAUAGUCUACAUGGCUAGCUGGAGCUU